CGGCGCCUCCACCCGACUUGCAAAACAGGCGAACACGAAACAGAUUGAUGUUCGGAUAUGGAACCAACUUUUCGAACUACACGUUCCACAAUAUGUGUCGGAAGAAAUCCACCAGUGGGUUCGGUGUCCGAUGGGGAUUUGCAAUGCGCCUGCCACGUUCCAGCGAGCGAUGAACAUAACAUUCCAGAAUUUCGUCAACAGGACACGGCUGACGCAAGGGAUGAUCAACUUCUGUGUGAUCGUGUACAUGGACGACAUCCUAGUCUAUUCGGAGACCUAUCACGGGCACGCGCAACACAUUGAAUGGACAUUGGGUGCAUUAAGAGACAUUGGGUUCAAGAUUGCGCUUGAGAAUAGUGAUUUUUUCCUCUCGGAAAUUUCGUUCCCGGGCUAUGUCGUGACACGUGGGGGAUCGCAGCCGGAUUCGAGAAAAGUUGAGGCGGUGAAGGAAGCCCCGGUUCCCACGUCACUGACGCAGGUUCGAGCCUUCUUGGGGCUGGCGUCGUACUAUCGGCGCUUCAUCAUGGGCUUUGCCGCGAUUGCACGACCACUAACGAAUCUGUUGCGGAAGGACCAGCCCCUCAGCUCAGACGCGGAGUGCCAGCAGGCUUUUGCAACUCUCAAGGACGCUCUGGCAAUGACCCCUAUUUUGAUUCGACCGGACCCCUCGAAACAGUUCAUUCUCAUCACGGACUGGCAACCGGAAGCUAUUUUCGCUAUUUUAGCACAAAAGGGGAACGAUGGUCGCAAACACGUCAUCGAGUACGCGUCACGAACCGUACCGGACGAACGAAGAAAUGACUCCGCACCUCAGGGUGAGUGCUAUGCAGUAGUUUUGGGAAUCCAACACUUCCAUCCGUAUCUCUACGGACAGAAGUUCCGCCUCGUAACGGAUCACGAGCCUCUACUAGCGCUGAAGAAACUCACCAACUACACGGGCAUGAUUGGUCGUUGGGCGGUACGAUUACAAGAAUACGACUUCGAUAUCGUCCAUCAAAAGACAGAUCGGCACGGCAACGCGGACGGGCUGACACGUCUGCACCGGCCUGCCAAGUCUGCGCGGGCUCCCACCCUCUCUUACCGUGUCAAGGAGAACAGUGCAUCGCUAUUGAGUGAGAAGAAGUGGGACGCGAGGUGGGAGAACUAUAUCGAGCUCACUUUCUGCCUACUGGAGAUACAGUUCCGCUGGUCAGAGGCGGCCCCAUUCGAAGAAGGACCGGAGCACCCAGAAGACAGCGUGGAGUUUCUGAUCAUCCAAGUCUGGAGGACAGCGGAGCAGGGCGAUCUGCUGGGAUUUCUGUUCGAGAAGGUGGAGGAGGGCAAUCUCACCUUGAUCACGGACGAGUUGCUGGUGUUUUUGACUCAGCUGGCAGACGAUCUGCCCCUGGACAUCUUGUCGCACGUUGACAAGCAGCCUGGCACCCACGUGCUGUCUCGAACGCUCGAGCCGCACCUUGUGUGGUCAAGGUGUGCGAAAAUCGACGAGGACAAUUGUCUCUAUCCCUCCCAGGCGCUCUACUUGGAGAUCGACUUUACCGAUCUCACGUUUUGGGACCCGAUUGCGAGACAAAACGUGGAGCAGGACGAGGGGGCGGAACCAGAAGAAGAUGAAGGAAGCGGGCUAUCAGGAUCGGAGUGCGAAGGAUUCGAGCCUGAAGUAUGCGACGCGGCGCGAAAACGAGCACGAGAGCGGAGGAAACGGAAGCACCAGGAAAUCGCGGAGGGAAAGCGACCCGCAAUAAACGUGUCCUCUGUCGAUCCGUCGAUCGGGGAACCGUGGCGUGAUCCAGAGCUGCCAGAAGAGGAAGACGAUGGAACCACAACAGAGGGAUCACGGAGCCGAAGAAGAAGAAGAACGGCAAGUGGUAGUGCAGGACAAUCUCGAACUGUUGCAGUCCCGAGUUUGGACCCGGCAGUGGCUGGGCCCAGUGGCAGCUUUGCUUAUAUCGACAGGAAGGCGGCGCAUAUUCCGUCUAAGUAUGACGGAAAAGAUGACGUCGAGUCUUGGAUCAGCUCUAUGCGAUCCUACUUUGAUGUGUUGGGGACACUCCCGGCAACGCAGUCGCCUAUCCUAGGGACCAAUGUGGAGCCCGUCGUAAAGGGUUUCUUGGAAACCCAAGCUGUCCAAUCAGGCUAUAAGAGAAUAGACCUGAACAAAUGGCUGAAGGCUACGCCUGUCACCACACUCGAGGAACUCUUAAUCAAACAAUAUGCUGAUCCGCAUGCUGCAGCCAAAGCUAGACUCAAACUGGACAAGCUUACGCUCAGCAGGUGGACUGGCACCAUGCAUAGCCUGCAACAGUAUGUUAGUAAAUUGUUUGCUACUCCAGAUCUGGAAAUGACUGCGCAGUCUUGCUUGGAUGUAAUAAAAGGCACGGUCCCCUCUACUAUUAAAGAUCGCCUGGGGCUCGGACUCACCGCAUACACUGAUUGGUUUACCCUUAUGAGGGAUCUGGUCAAGUUGGAGGCACAAGACCUCCCGGGUGGAUCGGGUAGCAAGAGGACUACCAGCCGAAAACGGUUUCCUGGCAGCAACCGUUUUUCUGCGCACGAUCUGCUAGAGGAUGACGAAGAGAACUUCGCAGACCAUCCUUCCCUUGAUGACGAUCAAGAGCAAGGUUGCGAGGCCUCUUGCUCUUCGUCAGCCCAUGAGUUCGAAUGUGUGAAUGAUGAAGAAUCCAUGAAUGUCUUCAAGAAGACUGCCUACAAAAUUUCCAACCUUGUGGCAUCACCGAUCACCAUGGUCAGAGGAGGGGAGCCAGCAGUGACAGAGGAAAUCUGGCGCCAAACAUCGGGGUGAAGAGCCCCUCCCCCCUGCUCAKUCAAUCCCCUGGCCUCCAGGGUAAUCAAUGCUGGCAGGUUCA